GUGAGGCGGUGAUGCGGGCGCUGGCGGCCCCGGCUGCGCCGAGAGCGGAGACACAGGCUCAAGAUGGCAGAUUCCGACUGAGGCUGGGGGGGCCGAGCUCGCGCGCCGCGUUCCCUUCUCCGUUGCCAUGAAUCGAGGACACCCCGGCCCCGAUGGCCCCCGUGUACGAAGGUAUGGCCUCACAUGUGCAAGUCUUCUCCCCUCACACCCUCCAAUCAAGUGCCUUCUGUAGUGUGAAGAAGUUGAAAGUGGAGCCGAGUUCCAGCUGGGACAUGACUGGGUACGGCUCCCACAGCAAAGUGUGCAGCCAGAGCAAGAACGUGCCGCCUUCUCAGCCAGCCACCACAACCGUCAGCACCUCCUUGCCGGUCCCGAACCCCAGCCUACCUUACGAGCAGACCAUCAUCUUCCCCGGGAGCACCGGGCACAUCGUGGUCACGUCAGCAAGCAGCACUUCCGUCACUGGGCAAGUCCUCGGUGGACCGCAUAACCUGAUGCGUCGCAGCACUGUGAGCCUUCUCGACACCUACCAAAAAUGCGGACUCAAGCGUAAGAGCGAGGAGAUAGAGAACACGAGCAGCGUGCAGAUCAUCGAGGAGCAUCCACCCAUGAUUCAGAACAAUGCCAGCGGGGCCACGGUAGCCACUGCCACCACAUCGACUGCCACCUCCAAAAACAGUGGCUCCAACAGUGAAGGCGAUUACCAGCUAGUCCAGCAUGAGGUGCUGUGCUCCAUGACCAACACGUAUGAGGUUUUAGAGUUCCUGGGCCGAGGGACUUUUGGGCAAGUGGUCAAGUGCUGGAAAAGGGGCACCAACGAAAUCGUGGCCAUCAAGAUCCUGAAGAACCACCCGUCCUACGCCCGGCAGGGUCAGAUUGAGGUGAGCAUCCUGGCCCGCCUCAGCACCGAGAGUGCGGAUGACUACAACUUCGUCCGGGCCUAUGAGUGCUUCCAGCACAAGAACCACACGUGCUUGGUCUUCGAGAUGCUGGAGCAGAACCUCUAUGACUUUCUGAAGCAGAACAAGUUUAGCCCCUUGCCCCUCAAGUACAUCCGCCCGGUCCUCCAGCAGGUAGCCACGGCCCUGAUGAAACUGAAGAGCCUGGGUCUUAUCCACGCGGACCUCAAGCCAGAAAACAUCAUGCUGGUGGAUCCGUCUCGACAGCCGUACAGAGUGAAGGUCAUCGACUUUGGCUCGGCCAGUCACGUGUCCAAGGCUGUGUGUUCCACCUACUUGCAGUCCCGAUACUACAGGGCCCCCGAGAUCAUCCUGGGUCUGCCAUUCUGCGAGGCUAUCGACAUGUGGUCCCUGGGCUGCGUCAUCGCCGAGCUGUUCCUGGGCUGGCCGCUGUACCCAGGCGCGUCCGAGUAUGACCAGAUUCGGUAUAUUUCACAGACACAGGGUUUGCCAGCUGAAUAUUUAUUAAGCGCAGGGACAAAGACAACUCGGUUUUUCAACCGUGACACGGACUCGCCGUAUCCUCUGUGGAGGCUGAAGACACCCGAUGACCAUGAAGCAGAGACGGGGAUUAAGUCAAAAGAAGCAAGGAAGUACAUUUUCAACUGUUUAGAUGACAUGGCCCAGGUGAACAUGACCACAGAUUUGGAAGGGAGUGACAUGUUGGUGGAAAAGGCAGACCGGCGGGAGUUCAUCGACCUGUUAAAGAAGAUGCUGACCAUCGAUGCUGAUAAGAGAAUCACUCCGAUCGAAACUCUGAACCACCCAUUUGUCACCAUGACACACUUACUCGACUUUCCUCAUAGCACACACGUCAAAUCAUGUUUCCAGAACAUGGAGAUUUGCAAGCGUCGGGUGAAUAUGUACGACACCGUGAACCAGAGCAAAACUCCUUUCAUCACACACGUGGCCCCCAGCACGUCCACCAACCUGACCAUGACCUUCAACAACCAGCUCAACACUGUCCACAACCAGGCUCCCACCUCCACCAGUGCCACUAUUUCCUUAGCCAAUCCCGAAGUCUCCAUACUAAACUACCAAUCUGCACUCUGCCAGCCCUCAGCGGCGUCCAUGGCUGCGGUGGCCCAGCGGAGCAUGCCCCUGCAGACCGGAGCAGCCCAGAUUUGUGCCCGGCCCGACCCCUUCCAGCAAGCUCUCAUCGUGUGUCCGCCCGGCUUCCAAGGGUUGCAGGCCUCGCCCUCGAAGCAUGCUGGCUACUCCGUGCGAAUGGAAAAUGCUGUUCCCAUCGUCACUCAAGCCCCAGGAGCUCAACCUCUUCAGAUCCAACCAGGUCUGCUUGCCCAGCAGGCCUGGCCAAGUGGGACCCAGCAGAUCCUGCUCCCCCCGGCGUGGCAGCAGCUGACCGGAGUGGCCACCCACACGUCAGUGCAGCAUGCAACGGUGAUUCCCGAGACCAUGGCGGGCACCCAGCAGCUGGCCGACUGGAGGAACACGCACGCUCACGGCAGCCAUUACAAUCCCAUCAUGCAGCAGCCUGCGCUCUUGACUGGUCAUGUGACCCUCCCAGCCGCCCAGCCCUUAAAUGUAGGCGUGGCCCACGUGAUGCGGCAGCAGCCAACCAGCACCUCCUCCUCGCGGAAGAGCAAGCAGCACCAGUCCUCUGCGCGAAAUGUCUCCACCUGUGAGGUGUCCUCCUCUCAGGCCAUCAGCUCCCCUCAGCGGUCCAAGCGAGUCAAGGAGAACACACCACCCCGCUGCGCCCUGGUGCACAGCAGCCCGGCCUGCAGCUCGUCUGUCACGUGCGGCUGGGGCGACGGGGCCUCCAGCACCACCAGGGAGAGGCAACGGCAGACCAUCGUCAUUCCCGACACCCCCAGCCCCACGGUCAGCGUCAUCACCAUCAGUAGUGACACGGAUGAGGAGGAGGAACAGAAGCACGCUCCCACCAGCACUGUCUCCAAGCAGAGGAAGAACGUCAUCAGCUGUGUCACAGUCCACGACUCGCCGUACUCCGACUCCUCCAGCAACACCAGCCCCUACUCCGUGCAGCACCGCACCGGGCACAACGCCAGCACCUUCGACACCAAGGGGAGCCUGGAGAACCGCUGCACUGGGAACCCCCGCACCAUCAUCGUGCCGCCCCUGAAAACCCAGGCCAGCGACGUGUUGGUGGAAUGUGACAGCUUGGUGCCAGUCAACACCAGUCACCACUCGUCCUCCUACAAGUCCAAGUCCUCCAGCACCGUGACCUCCACCAGCGGCCACUCUUCAGGGAGCUCGUCGGGAGCCAUCGCCUACCGGCAGCCGCGGCCGGGACCACAUUUCCAGCAGCAGCAGCCGCUCAACCUCAGCCAGGCUCAGCAGCACAUCACCGCGGACCGCACCGGGAGCCACCGACGGCAGCAGGCCUACAUCACUCCCACGAUGGCCCAGGCUCCGUACUCCUUCCCGCACAACAGCCCCAGCCACGGCACUGUGCACCCCCACCUGGCUGCCGCCGCCGCCGCCCACCUUCCCACCCAGCCCCACCUCUACACCUACACGGCGCCCGCGGCCCUGGGCUCCACCGGGACCGUGGCCCACCUGGUGGCCUCCCAAGGCUCGGCGCGUCACACCGUGCAGCACACUGCCUACCCGGCCAGCAUCGUCCACCAGGUCCCCGUGAGCAUGGGCCCCCGGGUCCUGCCCUCACCCACCAUCCACCCGAGUCAGUAUCCAGCCCAGUUUGCCCACCAGACCUACAUCAGCGCCUCUCCAGCCUCCACCGUCUACACUGGAUACCCACUGAGCCCCGCCAAGGUCAACCAGUACCCUUACAUAUAGACACUGGGGGGGGGGGCGCGGGCAGGAGGGCGCGAGGCGGGACCUC